AUCAUUCAAAUUGGUUGUCACUGUUGACAUUCUGAAAUUCAUUGUGCUAUCUUCCUCCAAGAAUUAUGUGAUUCUCCAAUAAUUCCCGAUCCAUAUUUCCGAAUUCUGGUGAAAAUGAACGAAGACGCAAAAUCAACGAAAGAACCAACAGAGCUCAUACCCGUAGACGAAAAAUUAUGCGAGAAACUGGAGAAACAAACAUACAUAACAAACACCUACCAGUUGAUCAACCAUUUCUUCAAAUGUGUGUUAGUGGCAAUCGUGGUCUUCAUAUUACUCGAAAAAAUUUCCCGGAAAUACAAGGUUCUACACGUCGCCAACAACUAUGAGGAAGACUCGACAGAAGUGGACAUAGAAUCCCAUAUGAAACAGAAGGACAAUCUGACCUUUUUCUGUGAUCAGAAGGUGGACUUAGAAAACGACAGUAUCGAAGCUCUGACGCUACUACGAGAAGACGUCCUGAAUCUGAAACAGCUGGUGCUGAGACUUGGGGAGCAGCUGAGGGAGAGGAGAAGAUUCGAAUGCCUCACCAAGAAGGAGCUCUCCAGGAUCGAAGAAAGGGUGAGGAAGGUUCUUGCAGAAAGCGAUAUGGUCGACGUGAAAAUCAAGAACGCCUUGCAUACCUACGAGGCAGAUAAAGUUGCACUCUUUGAUUAUGCAGCUGGAUACGCUGGUGGAGCAGUAGUUUCAUUGUUAGAUACCGUACCAGCACCCACUAAGAAGAUUUCACAGUUACUAGGAUUCUUCAGGUUAGCCAAGGACUCCACUCCUGACCAGAUAAUAAACCCUAGCUGCUUGCCAGGGGAAUGUUUCACCUUCCUUGGUGAUAAAGCGAAAAUUGUCAUAAAAUUAGGAAAACCGAUUAUCAUCGGUUCGAUCUCCAUGGAGCACAGUUUUCUUGUCGAAGACAUAUCUUCGGCCCCCAAGGAAUUCCAAGUUUUUUCCCUGCAGGAUCAGAAGGAAACAGCCAAGGAACUCCUAGGAAAGUUCACAUACGAGGUGAAGAACCGACAGAACCUACAAACUUACGAGAUCCCUAACAGGGGUGCGAAGAAAACCGAAUAUGUGAUGUUGGAAAUAUUGAACAAUCACGGAAACAAUGAAACUACCUCGAUAUAUAGGUUUCGCGUUCAUUCAAGAUAAAACGGUCGAAUAUUUAGCUCCAUGAAGGCAAUAAAAUUGGAUAUAAUGGGUAUUUACGUUGGCAUUCCAUUCUAUAUACCUCUUUGGCGAUGUUGAUAAUACUCCUACAAUCACAUUUAUCGUUCUGCUCUUUGGCGAUGGUGAUAAUACUUCUGCAAUCCCAUUUAUCGUUUUAUAGCUGAAUAAAAUUCUGGAAAAUUCAUGAGA